AUGAAGAUGCCUCGCAGCAACAGCAGCAAUAACAACAGCGCCCGUGCGGCGCAGGAUCUUUUGGCCAUGGCCUUCGGCGGCAGCGGCGGCGGCGGUCGUGGCGGGUGGGGCGGCGACCGCAACAACCGCAAUCAGAACAAUAAACGCAAGGCCGAGGAAGAGGCCGAAGACGACGAGGCCCGCGUGAAGCGCCUCAAGUCCGAGGCCGAAGAGGCCCAGCAGAAGGCCGCCGCCAAAGCGGUCGAGCUCGAGAAGGCAAUUGCCUUCGUGAACGGCAAGGCCUUCUUGCUGACUUAUGUCAGCAAGAUGGCCGAAGGCCAUCAAAAAGAGUUGUUGAAGGAGGCCCUUCGGGGUUUGGGUCACUGGGGAGACAUCCCCGCCCUCCUGCCCGCCAAGGACCAGCAGAUGACGAAGGAGACCGCCGGCCCCAAGGCCUAG